AUGGAAGUACUAUUUAAAAUUGAUUUUAAAUCGUUGUCACAUUGGAAAGAAGUUAUUGAAAAAAUUAACGUUGCUCAGAUUGAAUAUAAAGAAAAACUUUUAAAAGCAAAGAAACGUAAAUAUGAAAUAAUAAAAAAACUUUAUAUACAACAUUAUAGAGUUUCACCAUUUGAAUUAACACAAAAGCUUGCAAGAACGGCUAACUUGUGGAAGGAAUUUUAUAGCAAUAUAAAAAAAAAUAAGGAAUCUUCUAAGAUAGAAGAUUCAGUUCUGUCCUUGCAUAAUGUUACUGUUGAUGGAGACGAAGAAAUUGUUCCUGAAGAAAUAGACAAUAAAUCAAACGAUCACCCCAAUUCGGAAGUGAUACAAUCAAAGGAUCCUAUUAUUUUAAAGACAGAGGAAGAGCAAGAUUCUAAGUCGAAUAGCCCUCGUUUACUUCCAGCUAAUAUUUGCACGAACUCACAUAAAAUAUUAUCAUCUAUUGAGACUAGUUAUAUUGCUUUAACCUAUAAAGAAAGUAAAAAUGUUCACAAGGAUUCUAAAUCGGAUACAACCAACGAGUACUUACCUAAGCAAACUAAAUCAGUUAAAUGCUACCCGGAAAAAAUAAUAAUCUACGAUAAUUUAAUGGAGGAACAAUUUAUCAAGUUUUCUUUAGUAAAUUGUAGCACUCAAUAUGUAUGUAUACGAUUUAAAACUGUUUCAGAUGCGUCUUAUUUUAAAUUCUACAAAAUACAGCCCGAGAUUCCUUAUAAAUUGAACCCAGGGUUGAAAAAAUGCUAUAAAUUAAAUUUCACACUUCAUGAAAAUAUUGAAGAUAAAGAAUUUUCAGUAAUAAUGUAUUUCAGAAUUAGAACUAAAACCGCUGAAGAAAUUCUUCACAUUCCAAUCAUUGGACAAUAUGAAAAAAGUAAAUCUGUAAAUAUUACUGAAACUGUAAACAUUCCUCAAGUUUAUAUGUGGCAAGUUAAUGCUAAAUGUGGAUAUCCAAAAGGAAUUGUUCAAAUUCAAUUAUAUGGCAAUAUAGGAUAUGAUUUAUACAUAAGGAAAAAGAACAUAGAUUUUAUAAAUGAAUUUGAAGAUUCACGUAGUAUUGGAUCGCAUCAUCUCACUCUUACUACGGAGAGUUUAAUGCAAAAAAUAACUGAUGUUGAUACUGAUACACAAAAGAAUGCGCUUUUGUCUUCUAAGGUUUUGGAUGUAAACAAUGAAAAUGAAACAAUAACAUCUUUCGAUGUCGUAACACUUGUGCUGAACGACAUACUCAACCUUGUAUACGAACCAUUUAUUUUUAAUAAGACAUAUUAUCGAUUAUUUCCCAAAUCAAUAAGAGGAGUUCUCGUCUACUUUACCAAAGCAAAGUAUGUUGGUUACCACCAUAGAUAUUACGAGUUUAUAUUUUGUGACUCAGAUGAUAAAAGUUUUACUAAAACGAUCAAAAUUUUUGCUGAAGUUCUACCACAUCCUAUUUUAAUACAUCCGGCUGUACUGGAUAUGUCACAAUCACCUGUGAUAUUUGGCCAAUGCCAAGAUCAUUUUACGAUUAUCAAUACACACAAAGUUUUCCCUGUUACAAUAACAAUAAAAACCACUAAUAAAAUGGACAAAAUAUUUCAAAUCAUGCCCAGAGUUACAGCGAUUCUUCCGAAAUCAAAUAUAAAAUUUAAAGUUAUAUUUUGUAAAGAAAAUAUAAAUGUCGCAGAAAUAUAUGAUUUUAUGGCGUACUUUACAAUUAAGAUAAUUAUUAAUGGCGACAGUUCGAUCUACAAAAAUGUUCCUCCGUUUUAUUAUGAAAUAGUAGCUCCAUGUGCUAAAGAAUUAAUUCGAAUUUACCAAAAACAAAAUUUAUUAAAUGAACUAUCAGAAUAA